CACAUACACACAUACAUACGUGUACGUGUAUGUGUCUCUCUGAUGGCAUUGGCGUCUCUCCACUGGAUCUUCAGGCUGCUGGUGGUCCUGAUCAUCUUUCAGGGUGUGUGUGUGAUGUUUUACUACACAACCAACACACACUCGUCCAGAGAUGGGAUGACAGACACGCUACAGCAGCUGCACUGCGCAAAACUCAGACGCAAGUUUUCCGUCAUCAAACCAGCCAAAAGUAUAGUACUCAAGAGUUUCACGCAGGAUCUUUCAGAUUUCAUGAACUGCCCGUACAAAUCAAACAAAACUGAGCGUGAGCUAAACAGAGUCAGGCUGCAGUUUUGUUGUAACGCCACAGGAUCAUUCAUCCUCACCAAGCGCAACACAGCCGUCAAUCAAACCAUCGAAUAUGAAACAAGCACAACAAAAACAUACAAGAUGACUGCAGCACUUCACAGUAUGCUGCCCGAGGACAUCCCCUGGUCCGGUCGGCGUCUGGGUCGGUGUGCUGUGGUCGGCAGUGGUGGGAUUUUGAAAAACAGCAGCUGUGGACGUGAGAUUGACAGCGCAGACUUCGUCAUACGGUUUAAUUUGGCAGCGGUUAAUGACAGUGAUGUUGGGAUGAAGACGGAUCUGAUAACAGUCAACCCCAGCCAGAUUCGAUUCAAAAACCUGGAGAAGAAUCCGGAUCCGUUGUUGGAGAAGGUCAGUGUGUACGGAAACGCCUCCCUCAUUAUGCCAGCCUUUGCCUACACGUUCUGCACGUCACAGUCAAUCAAAACUCUCAAAGUCCUCCAGCCAAUCAGACCUCAGCAGCCGGUGGUGUUCUUCAGCCCCUCUUACUUGCGGACGCUGGACCGCUUCUGGAAGGGGCGUGGCCUGCAGGAGGUGCGGCUCUCCACGGGGUUUAUGUUAAUCAGCACGGCGCUGGAACUGUGUGAGCACGUGCACGUUUACGGAUUCUGGCCGUUCGGCAGCGACCUGCAGGAGCGUCCGGUUCCGUACCAUUAUUACGACCAGCUGAAGCCGCACCGCUACAUGCACAAGAUGCCGGAGGAGUUUGUGCGACUACUGCAGCUCCACAGCCAGGGGGCGCUGACACUACACCUGCAGCCCUGCGCCUCACACCAUGACACGAUGAACACUGAGUAUUUGUGAUGGUCAUCUUUUGAUUGACUGUAUUUAUUUUCAUUUAGGUAUAUUUAUGAGAGAGCGCGCACACACUCAGAUAUGUAAAUAUGGGAUAUUACAGACUUUUACUGUUUCUAAAAACAACUAAAACUAUAACAUGCUUAAACUUUUAUGAACCAGGUGUACCUUUAAAGAUGGCGCAAGGAAAGUUUUGUCAGAUUUUGGAGAAAAAUAUUUAUUUCGUCAUGUGAUUUUACUCAAUUUUGGUGUAAAUUGGUGAUAUUAAAUAAAUUAUUUAGCCGUUUCAUGUAGGCUUAUUUGAUAAGAGAGGGAGAACAUGAGGGAACAUGAAUAUAGAUAAACUUAACACACACACACACACACACACAGUAGCAAAUCACCACUGUAUAAAUCAAUUCAUUUUAAGUCAAGUCAAGUCAAGUCAAAUUUAUUUAUAUAGCGCUU